GUUCCCACCGAUCCCACCUCUUUGCGCUUGCUAAUCAAGCUUGCAGCGUUUGUUGAGCUCGCAAACUGGUAGGGUCGGUUUAGAGACGAUGGCUCAGUACGUGAGGGGGGCAGCUGCAGUGGCCGUGGUCCGCAUUUGUAAUCCUCCGCUCAACACGCUCAGUGUUAAAACUCUACUGGCUUUACAGCAAGAAGUGAAGCGUGCAAAUAUUGAUCCCACUGUGAAAGCUGUUGUGAUUUGUGGUGCAAAUGGUAAAUUCAGUGCAGGUGCUGACAUCAAGCUGUUUUCCAACCCUGAUUGGGGAAAUACACCCAGUCUGGGGUCAGUAGUUGAUUUAAUAGAGAAGAGUGACAAACCAAUGGUGGCUGCAAUUGAAGGUUUGGCAUUGGGAGGAGGCUUGGAAGUGGCAUUGGGCUGUCAUUACCGAAUUGCCCAUGUACAGGCACGGGUAGGUUUGCCUGAGGUGACAGUAGGCUUACUUCCUGGUGCUGGUGGGACUCAGCGGCUUCCCAGAUUGACUGGAGUACCAGCUGCACUUGAUAUCAUCACAACAGGAAAGCACAUAUGGGCUGCUGAAGCAAUGAAACUAGGAAUAAUCGAUGAAAUUGUAGAAGAAAAUACAGUUGAAGCAGCAAUACGUUUAGCAGAAAGAGUGUCUGGUCAGCCAGUGGGAACUCGUAGGCUCUGCUCAAAGCCUAUUCCCAUGCUACCCAAUAUGGAAGCCAUCAUUGAAGAGGCACUGGUGAAAGUGAAGAAGCAGGCCUGUGGGUGUCUUGCACCAGAAAUGUGCUUCCAAGCCGUAGAAACCUCCUUGCGUUUGCCCUUUGAGGAGGGAAUUCGCAAAGAGAGAGAACUCUUUCUCUUCCUGCUGUCUUCUGGCCAGGCUAAGGCACUGCAGUAUGCCUUCUUUGCACAAAGAGCCAUGGAAAAGUGGACGUUGCCCAGUGGAGCAUCCUGGAAAACUGCUGCCCCUCAGCCAAUCCAGAGGGCAGCUGUGAUAGGAUUGGGAACAAUGGGCCGAGGCAUUGUGGCCUCUCUGGUGAAGGCGAAGAUUCCAGUGGUGGCUUUGGAGCAAGAUAAGAAUCACUUAGAGCUAGGAAGAAGAGCUAUAAUGGCCCUCUUAGACCGUGAAGCUUUAAGAAUGCAACAGAACGGCCAAACAUUGGAUGUCCAUAAGCCAGGCCUGCUUCACUUCACACUGGAUUUUAGUGCCCUGCAAGAUGUAGAUCUGGUUAUUGAGGCUGUUUUUGAAGACAUGAUGCUGAAGAAAGAGAUCUUCCACAAGUUAUCUACCAUCUGCAAACCUGAGGCCUUUCUGUGUACUAAUACUUCUUGUCUAGAUAUUGAUGAAAUUGCUGCAGUCACUAGCCGUCCACACCAGGUCAUUGGUACUCAUUUUUUCUCACCAGCUCAUAUAAUGAGAUUGCUGGAGGUAAUCUAUGGUAAGCAUACAUCCCCCAUAGCUAUUGCCAGUGUUAUGAGCCUAGGCAAAGCUAUGGGGAAAAUUGGGGUUGUAGUAGGGAAUUGUUUUGGCUUCGUUGGGAACCGAUUAUUGCUUCCUUAUAAUGAGCAAACAUAUUUCCUCAUAGAAGAGGGCAGUACUCCUGAGGAAGUGGACAAAGCUCUAGUGGGAUUUGGUUUCAAAAUGGGGCCCUUCCAGGUAUCAGAUCUUGCUGGGCUUGAUGUUGGUUGGCGAAUUAGAAAAGGGCAAGGUCUAGCUGGAGCCAGCCUACCUCUUGGCACACCUCCUCGCCAGCGAAACGGCAGACGAUAUAGCCCACUCCCUGACCUCUUAUGUGAGAAAGGGAGAUAUGGACAGAAAACAGGCAAGGGAUGGUAUCAAUACAAUGCACCUGGUGGGAGGGACCCCAAGUCAGAUCCAUGGUUUCAUAGUUUUCUUUCUGACUACAGGAAUACCCAUAACAUUGCAGUACGCACUAUAACACAGGAUGAGAUCUUGGAGCGCUGCCUCUAUUCCCUUGUCAAUGAGGGUUUCCGGAUAUUGUCUGAUGGAAUAGCUUCAUGCCCAGAAGCCAUUGAUACCAUCUAUAUCAAUGGCUAUGCCUGGCCCAGACAUAGGGGUGGCCCUAUGUUUUAUGCCUCUGAAGUUGGUUUAUCUACAGUUCUAGAGAAACUGCAGAAGUAUGCAGAAGCUAAUCCUGAUAUACCCUCACUGCAGCCCAGUCCUCUUCUGCAGAAGCUUGUAGCCUUGGGUAGUCCUCCUGUGAAUGAGUGGUCAUCAUUUGUGGGUUCUCAGAACAGUAAACUGUAAUCACAUUGCAAUUUAUGAUUUUAGAUUAAAUAUUCUUAGAGCCAUGGAACUACACAAAUUGAGCUAUAGGGUGUUGUAAAACAAUGCCUGUAUUUUCUGCUUUCAGUGCAAAGUGUGCCUUUCACUAUUCUACUUCUUGAAAUACUCCCUGAGGGGUCUUGUUGAUAUUCCCUUUUCUGUCUUCUCUAGUUCUGUUGAAAACAGGCUGCUGUACUAAAUAGAUCAUUGGACACAUCCACCAUGGAGAGCCAGUUUGGUGUAGUGGUUAAGUGCAUGGACUCUUAUCUGGGAGAACCGGGUUUGAUUCCCCACUCCUCCACUUGCACCUGCUGGAAUGGCCUUGGGUCAGCCAUAGCUCUGGCAGAGGUUGUCCUUGAAAGGGCAGCUGCUGUGAGAGCCCUCUCCAGCCCCACCCACCUCACAGGGUGUCUGUUGUGGGGGAAGAAGGUAAAGGAGAUUGUGAGCCGCUCUGAGACUCUUCGGAGUGGAGGGCGGGAUAUAAAUCCAAUAUCAUCAUCAUGGGUCUUCUUAUCUAAUGCAUGUUCCAUAGCGUCAUACAAAUCCUUUAAAGUAGAUAAAUCUUGGACUUGCAAGUGAAGUGUUAUGAAUUGCUACCUUAUAGAGUUGCGGCUGGAGAAGGUACAGAACAACUUUUCUGUCUACCCCUACCUUCUCUAGGGCUUGAGCUUCAUAGCUGUGGAAGGUUGCUGGCUGUUACAAAAGUAUGAAAACAGCAGGCCAAACCACAAAGCUCAGAACUGUACCCUGAUAGGAAAUAAGAAUCAAUUUCACAUUAUUGCUUUAAAAUAAUAUAUCUUAUAAACUCAGUGAUGCUCCUUGUUGGAUCCAAGAUAAUGUAUGUCAGGUAAUAACAAAGAAAUAGCCAGCUUUAAAAUGCUGUGUAGUGAGUAAAACCACUCCUGAGGAGAUGGGCUGAGAGACAGAUCUCUGCUCUUAACAAUCCAGUCUCCUCUACUUCACAUACUGAUUAUGACAUGCAACUUGUAGCCAAUGAUGCCUCAGACAACUCACUUCUUACUCUCUCCCUUUUGUAAAUAUUAAUGCCUUCUUGUCUAAACUUCAAAUAUCUCCUUUCCAGGCCUUGGAUUCAGUGGGAGCUCACAGGAGCACAGCUCCUGAACCUUUCUGACAGUUCCACCUCCUCCUUCCUACCUUGUCCAUUGAAUAGUAGGUGCAGCUGCAUAACAAUCCCUAGAUGAGCUCCACCACCUAUUUUUCUACAAAAUGACCCCUGCCCCUUUCUAAAACUCAUAAUCAUGAGACUGUGCCUUUUCCCUGCUUCUUACACAGCAGUGAUAAAAAAAAUACAGGAUCAUUGUCUUUGAGGAGCAUAUUAUUGAUGCAUGCUCAGGAAUUCAGCUCCUAACCCUCAGUGGGAUACCACUGAAGCUGGCAUCAAGGGUGAAGAGCUUGGGAGUGCUCCUGGAUGCUUCCCUUAAAAUGGAGGCCCAGGUCACUACUGUUGUUCAAUUGGCCUUUUGCUAUCUCAGCUGGUCAGGCAACUGGUCCUGUAUCUGUGAUCCACACAAUGGUCACUUCCAGAAUGGAUUAUUGUAACUUGCUCUACACAGGGCUGCCCUUGAACCUGACCCAGAAACUGCAGCUAGUGCAGAAUGUGGCAGGAUGUAUGCUGACAGUGACACCUCUGUGGGCUCAGUUCAGCCAGUGCUGUGCCAACUGCACUAGCUGCCAAUAUAAUACCAGAUCAAGUUCAAGGUCCUGGUGUUAACUUUCAAGGGUCCUGCAUAUCUUCUCCCCAUAUGUACCUUGCAGAGCACUAUGCUCAGUUGACCAACACCUUCUGGUUCUCCCUGACCCCGAGGAUGUCCAUUUAGCCUUGACUGGGGCUAGGGCUUUUUCUGCCCUAGUCCCAGCCUGGUGGAACAAGCCCCUUCCUGAGAUCAGGGCCCUGUGGGAUCUGCUACAGUUCUGCAGGGCCUGCAAGACAGAGCUGUUCCACCAGGCUUUCAGUUGAGGUGGCGGAUAUCCAAAUCCAUCUUGGCCUCCUCUGCUGACAAUUGCUGGCCAUAUGGAACCACUUCAUUUUUGUUUAGCCUCCCUAAAUAGAUCAUCACUUGGUGUCAACCUGUAUUCACUUGUCACCCUGACUAUAUUUGAUUAUGCUUUAACGGAAACAUUAUUUUAAUUGUCAAUAUAUUAUUCCUAUGACUUGAAACCCACCCUAGGUGGGAUAAAAACAGAACAAGAUGUUUUUUACCUUGUGUGGUCUUUAAUAUGGGAACUUAGUGUUAUUUCUUCUACCCUCAGAUAACAGGGACACCAUCAGAUUAUCUAAACUUUUCAAUUAUCGCUUCUGAAGACUAAGAAAUCAAAAAUAAAAAUCACUGUCACUUUUUUUCUAAAUAAAACUAUUUUACUUAUCUA